UCGCAGGGAAGGCGAAAGCGAGUCUGAAGAGACGCCGCGCCGCCACGUGACGAGUCCAGGCGGGCCCUCCACGCCCUCUUUCGGCCAUGGCUCGCGACGUGAAGAGCAAACUGUCCAAAAACCUUCUCCGCAUGAAGUUCAUGCAGAGGGGCCUAGACUCCGAAACCAAAAAGCAGCUUGAAGAAGAGGAAAAGAAAAUAAUCAGCGAGGAGCAUUGGUUCCUAGAUCUUCCGGAACUGAAGGAAAAAGAGAGCUUCAUAAGAGAAGAAAGAAGUUUCUCCCCAUGCGAAGACCUCCUCUAUGGCAGAAUGUCCUUUAAGGGGUUCAACCCAGAAGUGGAGAAGUUAAUGAUCCAGAUGAACUCGAGGCUGAAGGCGGAAGGAACGGACGAGGACGACAAUGCCAUGGAAGCAGAUGUGUCGGAUGAAGAAAUGGCCAGAAGGUACGAAACCCUAGUGGGGACCAUUGGGAAGAAGUUCCUGAAGAAGCGGGACCACCGUCUGAUGGAAGACCCUGUGGAAGAGGAGGGCGGGAGCGGCAAGGGGCCCAGCAGAGCCAAGAAGGCCUUCCUGAAGCCCCGGGAUUAGACGCCGCCACCACGGCUGGGUUGAACCUCCUUCCAGAUCACGGGCAUCCCUUCCAUCCCACGGUAAUGCAAGUCAUUUUGGGAAGUGGCCAGGCCUCUUCGUCUCACCUCCUUUUGCAGAGUGAGGGAGGCACAUAGCCCUGGAUGGGAUACACCUGUGGCUCCUUGCACACAUUUCUCGCGUGGGACUGUGAACAACACAAUGCUAAUGGAAAGACGGAGCACACACGUGAUGAUUCUUAAUUAUAAGAAAGAGUACUUUAAGGUCAAGUGUGCAUGAUUGGAAUUUUCAUUCCCUUUGAAAAA